GAAGGAAGUAAAAGUUGCAAACAACCUGCAGCGGCAGGAACUUUGUGAGCGGCUCCGCUGCGUGUGCUCAAGGUGCCUUUGAUGGGCGGGCAGCAGCUUCUGGUUCGUGGACCGCAGCUUCCCCACUCAGCCCUCCCUCUCUCCCACCCUUCCCAACCUCCCCUCCCACCACCGCCCCUCAGCCCCCGCACGCGAUUUGGUGGAGAAGGGAGGCAAAAAAAGAGAGGGAAAGAAAAGUGAUGAACACGAAGGGGUGAAUAACCCCAAAGAGCGGGGAGAGGAGCUGCGGGCGACACCGACCCCAAGGCACCCACCCGGGACCGACCCGCGGGCGCUGCGCGGCUGGCGGCGUGCGAGCGCGUCUCCGUAAGCGAGAUGCGAAAAGGCUUCUGCUGUGCUUGUGCCUGACUUGCGAUGCCGGCUCCUCACUAGAAUGCAAAGCCUCGCACAGGAUGAAAGCAGGUCACUCUGCCAGAAUGCCAGAGGAAAGUUCGCCAAAGCGGAGUCCUCAAAACAUCCCGUACAAGGACCUGCCCCACAUCGUCAAUGCUGACGGGCAGCAUCUCUUCUGCAGGUAUUGGAAGCCAGCAGCAACUCCCAGGGCCCUUGUGUUCAUCGCUCACGGCGCUGGGGAGCACUGCGGCCGCUAUGAUGACUUGGCUCAGAAGCUGACAGGACUUAACUUGUUUGUUUUUGCCCAUGACCAUGUUGGCCAUGGGCAGAGCGAGGGUGAUCGGAUGGUUGUCUCAGAUUUCCAUGUCUUCAUCAGGGACAGCUUGCAGCACAUUGAUCUCAUGAAGAAAGAGCACCCCGAGCUGCCCGUUCUCAUCCUGGGGCACUCCAUGGGGGGAGCCAUCUCCAUCCUGACCGUCAGUGAGAGACCCAGUGAGUUUUCAGGCAUGCUGUUAAUCUCUCCUUUAGUGGUCGCCAGCCCAGAAGUCGCCACUCCCAUCAAGGUGUUUGCAGCAAAAGUGCUCAACUUGGUUCUCCCAAACCUGUCCCUGGGAUCGAUAGAUCCAAAUGCAAUAUCCCGCAGCAAGAAGGAGAUGGAGUCCUACACAUCUGAUCCCUUGGUCUACCAUGGCGGCAUGAAGGUCUCCUUCGUCAUCCAGCUGAUGAAUGCCAUUGCCAGAAUUGAGCGAGCUCUGCCCAAGCUGACUUUGCCCAUCCUGGUGCUACACGGCUCUUCCGACAAGCUCUGCGACAUCAAAGGGUCCUAUUUCCUGAUGGAAACAGUGCAAAGUCAGGACAAAACGCUCAAGGUCUAUGAGGAAGCCUACCAUGCCCUCCACAAAGAGCUGCCCGAGGUCUCUACCUCUGUCUUCACGGAAAUACUAACAUGGAUUAGCCAGAAGGUCUCGGCCGCUGGGGAAGCCAGCCAGGCUUGAGAGCAAUGGGGUUUGCAGCUCUCACUGGGGUUUUCUGGGAGCAGAUGCUUGGCGUAAUAGAAGUCUCUCUGCAGAAGACCUACAGUGAAGGGGCUCUUGGGAUGCUCUAUCAUGCACAGCUAAGGGAGGGUGGGGGGAGAGGCACAGGGUGGAGCAUCGUCUGCUGAUGUAAAUGGCUAUGGGCCUAAUCUGGAGGAGAAUGGAUGCUGUGGGAGCUUCCCAGGUUGGGUGACUACUGAAGUGCUCCUCACCCACCAACCUUCCCCCACCACUUCCCCUUCUCUGCUUGCGCUGGGUGACAGGGGUGCAUUUAUACUGCAAUAACUUUUGCUAUGUUAGAGAAGUCACCGCCUUCCACUUCAUGGUUUGAUUCCAGGUGCAUUAAGUCCCUUCCCCAUCCCCACCAUACAGUACCUUAAAAGCCAUGGUCCUUGAGAGAAGAGCAGCACCCAGGAGAGGCUGGAGUGGGAGCUGACAUGAAAGGCUGCUUUCCAAGGUUAGAUCUCUUUGGAUGCUGCCUUUACCAGGAGCCCAGAGGCAGCCUCCCCACUGCUCUGCACGCCCUCUGCAAGUUUGCACUGGGGAAAGGCAUUGAAAAGCUCUUUAGUUUUAAUGAUCAGGGCAGGAUCCCAGAGGGGAGAGGAGGAAUGUGGGAUCAACCCCAUUUGGCACAUUCAAAACCCAGGCUUUUCCCCAUGCCAAACCUCAUCUCUCCACAAUGAACUCUUCUGUAAAUAUUUCCUGGGGCUGCUUUUUCUCCCAUUUUCCCUAUUUUUUCCCUUUUCCUUUGCAAUUAAUCACUUGCGCUACUGAAACUGAAAGAGCGAAAUCAAAGUUAUGAGAGAAUAGAGUAAUAUAAUAUAUGACUUAUAUAGAGCUGGGAAGGAAUGAGAGGAGAGUCUAAAGCAGGAGUUAAUUGUUCUUUCUCUUGGCAAGGAAUAAUGUUGUCCUACCCGGACCCAGUCCUUUCACCAUAACUUUACAGUCAUAAUCUGUUGUUUUCCUUCAUCAGUUGGAAAAUGUCCUGAAAGUGAUGCUGGAAGGAAGCGCAGAGCAGCUGGUGGGUAGGGAUUAGCAGUGGGUAUCCUCAUGGUCCACCGGUUUAGCAGGAGCUCCACAGCAGGAGCAGAGAUGCCAUCCAAGCGCAUCCCCAUCUCCUCCUGAGCAGCACAACCCUCUCUGGGAGGGAUCACUGAUCCCUUCAGCGAGGUGGGGAGCUGGAGGCAGAGCACAGAGCAUCCAUCCAACAUCUGCCUUGCUGCACUGGGGGCAUCCAGGGACACUGGUGUAUGAGCUGCCAUAGAGGAGCUUGUGGACUGGUCCAGGGGUGCAGAGAAGCCAAAUCCUAGAGUUGCCUGUGUCUGUGGUCACAGCAGGGUGAAGGGAAAGGCUUUAGACUCAGUUUAUGGAGCAGAUACAGCACAAGCUGUGCGGUGAUCAUGGUGUGACUGUGCUGGCCAGUUUGUCCAGGGUGAUGGCCCUAACUAUGAGUACACUUCUUGGCACUGGCCAAAGGGAAGGGGUUUAACCUGUGCCUCUCCCUCCAGUUCUGCAAGAAGAAAAGGCCUGUGAAUGUUGCACUAUGAGAGUGGGAUAUCCCCCAGUGACAAACCAGCCCCUUGUUGCCUUCCCUGGCAGCCUGGAUCCAUCAGCGUGUCCUGAGCUGCAUCCCCAGGGCUGGAUCUCACCUGUGACAGUGUCAGGGCAUCACACACCUUUUAUCCCUUUGAACCCAGUUGUGGAUAGAGUCAGGAAAGGGACCUCUGUGCAAUAACAGUCAGAGUCAGGGCUUGGUCCCAGCUGCGUGGAUGGAUGAAGGAUGUGUGGAUGCAGGUUGUGUCCUUGGAAUUGCCCUAAGGGAAGUUCUUUAUACAGGUUGAUCCAGGUACUUUCCCACUUGUAUUUUCUUGUUUAAAGAGAGAAAUGAGCCGUAAUUCCCCCCGAAACACCAGCUUUUGGUUCAAAUAUGAUUCCAGUGCAAUCAGCUGCUCUCCCCAGCCACUGGUGACACUGGUUGUGGGCAGGAGGUGAUGCAGGUCCCCUGCUCCGCAUCCUCCAGCAGCCUGGCUUGAUGCACCUUCUUUUCCCUGGGCAAGAUCCCUCCUUGCCAGGUGCUGCUGGGGAACGGUGGCAGGAAGAGGAGCGCUGCAGCGGUGAUUGAUAAAGCUCCCCUGCUGCUUCAGCUGGAAAGGGAGCCAAGCCGGCGGGAUCCAGGUGCUGCGGGGGUAGCAGCAGGAUGAGGAUGGGAUUCCUGAAAGCACUUUUCCAGGGGAAGUCGGGAGGAGUGAAUCAGUGUCCGCGCUCCCACCUCCCUUCCGAGCUCACAAGCACUUUGUAAGGGGGAGGGCAGCGACAGGAAGGUCAGAACCCGUCUGCUCCCUCCGACCGGGCUCAGGCAGACGGGAGCCGGCCGUCAGUGCCUUGCUCAAACGGGUCCACUCAGGCAGGAAACAGCAGACACGGAAGGAAACCGGUCAGGUUGAUGUGGGGAAGGCUUCUCCCUCUGCCCAGCUGAGCCCAGCUGUGGCGUGGGGCCGGGGAAGCUCUUUGGAAACCAGGUUAACCAGCAAAGCAAGCUGAAAGAACGGCAAAGAAGAGCCCAAACCAGCCCCAAGGCACGGCAGGGGCUGGUUCCACCCUCAGCCCCACCCGGAGGCAGCUCUCCCUGCUGUUGCUGACCCCUUCCCCUGCAUAGAAGCCAUUUUGCAUUGGCCCUCUUUGGUUUCCCCAUGGCCUGGAGGGAUUCCUCUUCUCUGACCAGAUUAGCACGGAGCAUUAGGGAACUGCCAAGGGAACUGCGCUCCCUGUUCCCAAGGGCAGGGACCAUCUGCAGGGAGCACAGCCGGCCUUACGAAUGAUGCUGUGCGGACCCGCCUGCCUUUGGGAAGAGGUGGCACCCACGACUGAGCAAUAGCAAUGUUAACUACUGUACAUAUCACCUCUGCAGCACUGGGACCCUUCCCCACGGCCCAAACCCAUCACUCUUUCUAUCUGGCCUGCUCUUUUUAUACCACUGCCCUUAGCACAUCCAGCACAGACCCACGGAGAUGGCAUUUACUUUGCCAAGUGAUUUCUGAGCUUGUCUCUCUUGUCCCAUCGUGUUCCAGUUCAAUAAAUUACAUUUAUAUAUAUAUACAUAUAUAAAAACAUAUAUACAUACACAUGUAUUUUCAAUGGGAAAAAAAGCAUAUACAAGUUUAGGAUUCUUAAAGGAAUACAAUGUAUAUUGCAACUAAUAAUAAAGUUAUGUUUUCUGAA